CUUGAUGGAGUUCAAGAAUACAACAAAGCUUGAAAAUUGCUUAGAGUUUGAUAAAACUUUGUUCUUUUUCAAAAGGAAUUGAAGAUAUUUCAAGACUGUCUUCGUAGGAAGAAAUUUUGAAGACACGAGUGAGUUUCGCUGGUGCAGUUUCACUGGUGCAGUUGAGUUUGGAACGAUCACAGUUCCCGAAUAGUGCUACAUCGGAUUCACAUCUUCGUGAGUUGACUAUUACAGAUAUUAAAGAACACAUUCACAGGAUUUAUUCCAAAGAUUUUAAUACAAGCCCGUGUGUUAUGAAUUUAAGAACGGACUCAAAAGCAUGUUAGAAGAAAAUGAGUUACUCCUCGAGCAUCAAGACGACCAUCCUCAAGCAAAAGUUACAUCGACACCAACAUCAACACUGUGCAAGCUAUGGAAGUUUUUCUUUUCUUUUUUACUCUUGAUGGUUAUUUCAGUAUGGAUAAUGUUCACCUUUUCCCCCCAUUCAAAAUCAAAAAAAUGGCUUAGAACUCAAGACUCUAAGAGAGUGAAGGAUCUAGAAACAUCUCUGUAUAGCAAGAAUUGUUCUUUGCUGCAGCAAGUGAAUGCCACGAGCAAGUGGUCAGGCUUCAAAGAAAUAGUACCUGGCACGAUAAUUUAUUCAGCUUUCUACGACGAUACUGACCCUAACAGUCCUUUCGUUCGUAUCAUUGCUAUAUCAGAAACCUUCCGACCUCCUCGUAUACUCUGUCACUCGAGAUGUGACCUGGCUCAAACUGAAGAAGCGGUUUUUCAUCUUGUUAAAGACCAUAAAAGCAGGCGCCAUGCUGCAUUUAUUGUGUCGUGUACUUUUCCCAGGGGACUGGGGAGAGAACCUGGAUUCAUUGACAUAUCAGCGGAGUAUGACGACAAGAUGACCGAAGUAACUCGAUAUCCUGUCCAAUCCACUAAUGAUACUCCACAUAUCCACAACUACACCAUUUGCGUGCCUCCCUUAUAUGGAAGUAUCCCUAUGGCCAAAUUUAUUGAGUUCAUAGAACUGAAUCGCAUUUUCGGAGCAACGCACUUUGUCUUUUACGACCUAAAGUUAAACCCAGCGAUCAGACAUGCGAUAAAUAUUUAUCAGAGCCAAGGAGCAGUGACACUUCUUCCUUGGAAUUUACCUGUAUAUGUCCGAGACUUCUAUAGCAUACAUUAUCAUGGUCAGUUUGUUGCUAUCCACGAUUGUUUGUACAGAAACCGCGGUAGAUCAAGAUGGGUUGGAUUUCAUGAUCUGGAUGAAUUUAUUGUGCCAUUAGUACACCCAACGUUACCCCUGCUUUUGAACGAGAUUGAUUCUGGCCAAUCCAGUGGGUUUUCUGUUCAGAGCACUGUCUUCCCUCUAAAUUCGCAAGAGAAAGUUCAAGCAAAUGAAUCUUUAAUAACUCAAAGUAUUUUCUACAGGACAAAAAAGUUAUUUCAUAAGUCCAGGGAAAAAUGCAUUGUGAGCCCGAGGAAAGUAUUCGAGAUGUCUAUUCAUUACAUUGUGAAGUCUUCAUCCGCGAAGUACGAAAAAUCAUCAAUAGAUCCCAAGAAAGCACUCGUAUUCCAUUAUCGAAGUUGUGUACAGUUUGACGACUUGAAGGCUGCUUGCAAGAGUCUUGUCCCGGAAAAUUUCAUGAAAAGAUACAAAACGCGACUAAAGAUAAGAGUUGAUCACGUGAUGGAGCAUUUGAAGGGAUGAUGAACUGAUCACGUGAUUAACUUCCACCAUAUUGGAUCGCAACUGAAACUUGAAUACAAUAAAUAUUGCAAGAACUUCUCUUAGAUUCCUUUAAAUGCAUUGUCAAGUCUUUCUAAGUCUUCAAGAAAAUUUAGUG